GUUUGGUGUUGUGAUGUCAUAAGGCUGCGUCACCUCCUGCAUUCUCUGUGAUUCGGCUGAAGAAAGACGUGAACCAAUGUGUCCAAACACACUAAAAAGCUCCUGGUGAAGCAACGAGAACCACGUGUAUAAAGAUGGCGUUUAUUAAAGUGGAGAUUGAAGAUGUGAAGAUUGAAGAAGCAUUUGAAGUGAAACAAGAAGAGACACAAACAGAUCUGAUUCCGCUGAAAGAGGAGAUUCAAGAUCUGAAUGAUGUAAAGGAAGAGAAACAUGAUUUCAUAACUGGAGAAAAUGAUCUUAGCUGCUCAGAGACUGAAGAGACUUCCUCAAAAAAAGCUCAAAAGACAGGGGGUAGACAUAAUUUAUACUGCUCUCUAUGUGAAAAGACUUUCAGCAAACAUGAAAACCUUGAAGCUCACAUGAAAGUUCACAAUGGAGAGAGUCCUUACACCUGCCAACAGUGUGGAAAAGGUUUCAGUGUAAAAGGAAACCUUAAAGUCCACAUGAGAAUUCACACUGGAGAAAAGCCUUACACCUGCCCUCACUGUGAAAAGAGUUUUGCACAACAAGGAACACUUAUUGACCACAUAAGAAUUCACACUGGAGAAACACCUUUCACAUGUGAUCAGUGUGGAAAGAGUUUCAGACAAAGAGUCACCCUUAAUUUCCACAAGAAGAUUCACUCAAGAGGGAACUGUUGUAAAUGUCAUCAGUGUGGAAUGAGUUUCGCAGACAACGAUCUUCUUAAGGAUCAUGCAAUAACUCACAUUGGAGAGAAGCGUUUCAUUUGCCCUCACUGUGGAAGAACUUGCUCGAGCAAUUCAAACCUUGAGGUUCACAUGAGAGUUCACACUGGAGAGAAGCCUUUCACCUGCCAACAGUGUGGAAAAGGUUUCAAAGAAAAAAAGAAACCUUAAAAUACACAUGAGGCUUCACACCGGAGAGAAACCUUUCAUGUGUCUUGAGUGUGACGUGAGUUUCACAUACCAAAGAGAUCUGAAACGUCAUUUGAAAGUUCAUGCUGGAAAUAGAGUUGAGAUUAGUGUACCGUUUCCAGAGCGUGUCAGAAAGAAAAAGGCGUUUAUGUAAAUCUCGGCUCCAGAGGCUUCCUAAAUCCUCAGCGAUUGUACACACUGUAAGGACAGUAACGAUGGCGAUAUCAAUUUGAGCGAGAGCCUGAUGAUGAAACAUUGGAAGAGAACUAGUUAUUCAACCCAAACCUCCAUUGCAAGGAUGACUUGAGCAGGACAUUUGUCAGUGACAAGUUUUACUCAGUCUGUCAUACAUUGAGAUGUUGCAGCUAUAAUUUCUCUACUUCUGCAUUAACAUGUUAUGUAUAUCAACAAACCCAUGUAUAUUUCUAUUUUAUUGAGGUCCACAUGUGGGAACUGUAUCAUUAACUAUGAUACAGCACUAAUGUGAAUAACUGAUGUGACAUUAAAAUUUGUAAAACAAA